UUUUCUUAUCGCAUUCUUUCCUCUCUUCGUUUUCUUCCUCGAAGAGCUCUCUCUACUGAAAUCGGAUGAUCGAUUUCUCUUUCAUUUCCCGUUCGUUUUAGCGAUUUACUUCCUCCUUUGUUCUUCUUUUCUCUUAGCUCGUUUCGAGCUCUCGAUCUCUGAGAAAUGGCUGAAAAAGCUGAUUUGAGCUACGCGAAGGGAGCUGGGGCUCGCAACGGGCUGGCGAAGAUCCAGACGCACAAGAAACAGAACGGCAUAUGCCAUGACGACAGCACUCCGCCCGUCAAGGCCCAGACGAUCGACGAGCUGCAUUCGUUGCAGAAGAAGAAAUCGGCUCCGACUACGCCGAUCAAAGGAACGCAAGGCGCUUUUGCUACCAUACCUGAAGAAGAUCGGCAAAAGCAACAGAUGCAGUCGAUCAGCGCAUCUUUGGCAUCUCUGACGAGGGAGAGGGGCCCGAAAGUCGUGAAGGGAGACCCCGCAAGGAAGCCCGAGACACCCAGGGUCGCGCACGUUAGCCAACACCACGCUUUCACUCCUACUUUCGACGUCAGCGACAGCUCCCUCAAGUUUACUCACAUCCUCUACAACCUUUCCCCCGCUGAGCUAUAUGAGCAAGCUAUAAAGUACGAGCACGGCUCAUUCAUAACAUCGAGUGGGGCACUAGCGACACUCUCAGGAGCGAAGACGGGUCGCGCUCCAAGAGACAAACGUGUCGUUAGGGACGAAACCACUGAAAAUGAGCUUUGGUGGGGAAAGGGCUCACCUAAUAUUGAAAUGGACGAGCACACAUUUUUGGUGAACAGAGAAAGGGCCGUUGAUUACUUGUGCUCCUUGGACAAGGUGUUUGUGAAUGAUCAGUUUCUGAACUGGGAUCCAGAGCAUCGGAUUAAAGUCCGGAUUGUCUCCGCCAGAGCUUACCAUUCCUUGUUCAUGCACAACAUGUGCAUCCGGCCCACACCCGAAGAGCUGGAGGAUUUCGGUACUCCGGACUUCACCAUAUACAAUGCCGGGCAAUUCCCGUGCAAUCGUUACACCCAUUGCAUGACAUCAUCCACUAGCAUAGACCUUAACCUUGAUAGAAGGGAAAUGGUCAUUCUCGGAACCCAAUACGCCGGGGAGAUGAAGAAGGGUCUGUUCAGCGUAAUGCACUACCUCAUGCCCAAGAGACAGAUCCUCUCCUUGCAUUCCGGCUGCAAUAUGGGGAAAAACGGCGAUGUCGCCCUCUUCUUUGGAUUAUCAGGCACUGGGAAGACUACUCUCUCUACUGAUCACAAUCGGCUUCUGAUUGGAGAUGAUGAGCAUUGUUGGAGUGAGAAUGGGGUUUCAAACAUUGAGGGAGGUUGUUAUGCAAAGUGUGUUGAUCUUUCAAGGGAGAAAGAGCCUGAUAUCUGGAAUGCGAUCAAGUUUGGGACUGUACUCGAAAACGUUGUGUUUGAUGAACACACUCGAGAGGUGGAUUAUUCAGAUAAAUCUGUUACAGAGAACACUCGAGCUUCUUAUCCCAUUGAGUACAUCCCCAAUGCGAAGAUGCCAUGUGUUGGCCCACACCCGAAGAAUGUCAUCCUUCUUGCUUGUGACGCGUUUGGUGUACUCCCUCCUGUGAGCAAGCUGAGCCUGGCACAGACCAUGUACCACUUCAUCAGUGGCUACACUGCAUUGGUUGCAGGGACCGAAGAAGGCAUAAAGGAGCCUCAGGCUACCUUCUCGGCCUGUUUUGGGGCUGCAUUUAUAAUGCUGCACCCCACCAAGUAUGCAGCCAUGCUAGCUGAGAAGAUGCAGAAGCACGGCGCCACGGGAUGGCUCGUCAAUACCGGCUGGUCCGGCGGAAGCUACGGCUCAGGCAACCGCAUUAAGUUGCAGUACACUCGGAAAAUCAUCGACGCUAUACACUCUGGCAGCCUGCUGAAUGCAAAGUACAACAAGACGGAAGUGUUUGGGCUUGAAAUCCCAUCGGCAAUCGAAGGUGUGCCUUCAGAGAUUCUGCAUCCAAUGAACAUGUGGUCAAACAAGAAGGUGUACAAUGAUACGCUUUUGAAGCUGGCGGGUCUGUUCCGAAAGAACUUUGAAGGGUUUGUGAAUUACAAGAUCGGCGAGGACAACAAGCUGACGGAGGAGAUUCUCGCAGCUGGACCCAUCUUCUGAUUAAAUCAAGUGGAGGAAAUGAGAGAGAUUUUCGUGGGAUUUUGGAUUUGAAGGAGGUUAUAAAAGAAAUAAAGAGGGUUGGAAUGGGAAGGGUAGGCUUAUGUUUUUAGCGAUAGCUUGCAUGAUCUGUACUCUCUCUACAUGCAACUUUAAUUUUAUAUGAAAAUAUGAUCUUUUUGGAA